GCUGUGGGCGCGGCUGCGGCGGAGUCGGGACCCGGGAGCGCUCAGAGAGCAAAACCGCCCUGAAACAGAGCCAGGCAGAAAAUAGGGAACUUAUUAAGGACCUUGACAUAGCGACAGGGGGAUAAAACAGCAGUGAAAAGACAGUUUAAAUUAUUGGUAGAGGUGAACAUGAUGUUCAUUUGAAGAUCCAAGUGGUACUGUGGGAAAUUCUCCAAACUGGCUAAAUCCCAUUUCAAUACAUAAUUUGUUUUAAAAUAUAACAAAGCUGAAACCUACAAAGUAUUAUCAGUGUGCAAUCAACACUGACUUUGAAAACAAAUAAACAAAAAAACCCCAAACCACCCACACAGCAUUUCACAGUUUAUUUAUUUUACACUGGUGAUUCUGUUAGGACUAGUAUCCUAUGUGUUAAUAUUCAGUAUGUUGGUAGCCUAGGAAGGCCUUGCUACAGCUCUUCAUCCUGUAUUUGUCUCACCAAUGAGUUUAUCUCAUGGUAUUAUAUCUCAAAUUGCCACGUGAUGUGGUAUAUGUACAACAACAACUUAUUUAUUCUGCAUGAAACAUAAUAGAUGGAUUUAUAUCUAGUAAUUAUGUAUGAUGACACUUCAUGCACAAUGCAUAAUGUUAUUAAAAUAUCUGAAAAUCAAAACAAUACCAUGUUUGUAAUGUGGAUAUGCACUAAUUCUGAUGGUGUCCUGGUUAUGUAAAGGAAAUGAGAGAACUGAAAUUGAAAACCCAGACCAUGAUUCCAGUACACAUUGAAAGAGUUUGUAAGGUCAAGUAUCUGGGCUUCAAGAACCUGACAUAUGCUUUGAAGGAAACUGAUCAAAGAGAGUGGUUUCUGCUGCACGAGGCUGCAGUUCGGCCAAUUCCACAAGUAUUUGAAGUCACUUUAGAUGCAUCUUAUGAAUCAAUGUGGCAAUAAAAAACAUGCAAUGAAACAGCACUAACUCUGGCAGCAAAAACUGGCUUUGUGGAAAAUGUGCAAAUGAUCCUGAAAAGGGUGUUUAUCCCAAAACCAUAAGUUACAAGGAGAAACUUAUUGGUCAACCAUGUGAGAAGCUGCAAAACAGAGAUGCAAAGGCAUUGUCUGAAGAAUGAUAGAAAUGUUAACAUUAAGGACAAAUAUUGAGUAACACCACUGGGGGUUAUGUCUGAAUGUGGUCUCUGUGAUGUGCUGGAGCAUCUUAAUCAUAAGGUUGGAUAUGUCAAGGCCUUAGCAGAUGAUCCUGUACCAGUAUUGUUUCAAGCAGCUGGAGGACACUGUCUAGGCUGCAUAGCUCUGCUUUUGGAAUAUGGAGGAAGUGGCAAUGCUGGUGAGUCAGGACUGCUUCCCAUACACAAAGAGGCUUAUGAGGGGCAUCAGUUGGGCAGGAAGUAUCUCAUUAUAGCCACAUCCCAAAUUUUAAUCCAGGAAAGUGGGUCAAGCACUGUUCAUUCUGCUGUGGACAGCCAGAACCAGUGUCUAGAGCUUGUCAUUGAAAAUGGUUUGGAUGUCAACACUCUCUUGUCUAAACACAUAACUUCAAAUACUUAUGAUGACAAAAGACAGCCUGCACUUUGUUGUGCUGUUUGUAAUAAUGGAAUUCUUUGUACCAAAAUAUUGCUCAAAGCAGGAGCAGAUCCAAACAAGGAUCCUUUAAACUGUGUUCUCAUAGCAUUGAGAGCUGACAGGCAUGGAAUUCUAAAGCUACUCCUAUCUUAUGGAGCAGAUGUCAACUUAAUUUUGUUGCUUAAUGAUACACAUUUCCCCAGUGCAUGGUAUUCUUUGAAUGGUGACAUGAUGCUGAGGCUGUUGCUCAGGCAUGGAUAUAAUGUGGAGAUGUGUUUGGACUUUAUGUGUCAGGGUAUCUUUGGAAAUUCUUUUGUGUGACCACCUUCAGAGCUUGAACUUAUUCCCAGUUGGACUACUUCUUCAAUAAAUAAUAAACUAAUAAAUACAUACCUUCUUUGCUUCUCUUCAUUUUGUUCUUUUCAUUAG